UCCUGCCCAUAUUGGCGGGAAGACGCCAGCUGCUUAGCCGCGGAAAGAUGUCCGGGUUGUGCGCGGCUGCUGAGGAGAAGGUGGGCUCCAGACAGCGAGUCCAAGUGAAGGUGAAUGAAUAUAAAGAAAACCAGAACAUCUCUUAUGUAUCUCUGAGACCAGUUUUAGAAAAAACAGCUAAGGUGUGUCUUGUACCCUUUUCACUCAGUGAUUAUAAACCAGACAAAUUUAAGCUCCCCAAAUCCCUAUUAGAUAAUUCUAACAAUGAAGUGGCAUGUAAGAAAUAUAAGAAGACUGAAAUAAAGAAAACUUUCAGGAAGAUUUUAACUCCAAAGAUGAAAACCACCACAUCUUCUAAGACAGAAUCCACUCUGCAAAAAUCAUCUGUAGAUGUUCACACAGAAAAUAACAAACUACAGCACAUGAGCACUUCGGAUACAGUGAUUCUCGGUGCUGACAUGGAAGGCAGGCAGGAUGGAGACAGUGAUGAAGAUACCACAUCAGGCCUGGAUGAUUUUUCAGGAUUGUCACCAUAUGAAAGGAAGAGACUGAAGAACAUAUCAGAAAAUGCAAACUUUUUUGCUUCGCUUCAGUUGUCUGAGUCAGCUGCAAGACUCCGUGAAAUGAUAAAGAAGAGCCAGCCUCCUGAAUCCAAAAGAAAGAAGCCUAAGAAGAGAGAAAAUGAGACUGGAUGUAGAAGGUCAAUGCGAUUACUAAACAUAGAUCCUUCAGGAGUUUCAUUACCAGAAACCCCAACCCAGCCAACAGUAGUAGUAGUAGAUGAAAAUCCUUUGUUACCUCCUGGGCCUUUAGAAAUGACUCCUGAAAAUCGAGAUGAUAAUAGUGAACUAUUUAAAGGAUUUCUACAGACUUGGGCAGAAGUGAGCAAGACAAAUAAUAAGAACAUUGAGAAGGAAUUAUCUAGCAUUAAAAGCUACAAAGCCAAUUUAGCUGGCAUGGUUAUUAGUGAAGAUACUGUUUGUAAAGUUACCAAAGGUUCUGUAUGCUCUAUGGCUCUUCAUCCAUCAGAAAUUAGAACUUUGGUGGCAGCUGGGGCCAAAUCUGGGCAAGUUGGACUUUGGGAUUUGACUCACCAACCUAAAGAAGAUGGAAUUUAUGUUUUUCAACCCCAUAGUCAGCCAGUUAGCUGUCUUUACUUCUCACCUGCCAAUCCGGCUCACAUGCUGUCACUGAGCUAUGAUGGCACAUUACGCUGUGGGGAUUUUUCCAAGGCUGUUUUUGAAGAGGUAUACAGAAACGAGAGAAGUAGCUUUUCCUCCUUUGACUUCUUGGCAGAAGAUGCCUCUACUUUAAUAGUAGGACACUGGGAUGGAAGUAUGUCAUUGGUGGAUAGACGGACACCUGGAACUUCUUAUGAGAAAUUUAUCAAUUCUUCUUUGAAAAAAAUAAGAACUAUUCAUGUCCACCCAGUGCAUAGACAGUAUUUCAUAACUGCAGGAUUGAGAGAUGUUCAUAUUUAUGAUGCAAGGCGCCUGAAUCCCAAGGGAAGCCAGCCUUUGAUUUCUUUGACUGAACACACAAAGAGCAUAGCUUCUGCUUAUUUUUCACCUCAUACUGGUAACAGAGUAGUGACCACAUGUGCUGAUUGUAAGCUGAGAAUCUUUGACAGCAGCUGUAUAUCCUCUCAGAUUCCUCUCCUCACCACCAUCAGGCACAACACCAUUACUGGGCGAUGGCUGACCAGGUUCCAAGCUGUGUGGGACCCUAAACAAGAAGACUGUGUUAUUGUUGGCAGCAUGGCCUAUCCAAGACAGGUGGAAAUCUUCCAUGAGACUGGAAAGAGGGUGCAUUCUUUUCUUGGUGGAGAAUGCCUUGUCUCUGUGUGUUCCAUCAAUGCUAUGCACCCCACUCGGUAUAUUUUGGCUGGAGGUAAUUCCAGUGGGAAGAUACAUGUUUUUAUGAAUUAAGAAAGUUGGGUUUUUGGUUUAGCAAUACCAAUUUGUUCAAAUUAAUUAGUGUCUAUUUAGCAAAUAUUAAUUGCUUUGUUAAUAGGAACUAGGAACAGAAUGUACUUUUAGUGAGGGAGGAGCCUUGGAGAUUAUUUCUACAGGAUGGGGAAGAAAUUUGAGGGAGGCUGUGAUGCCUUCAGCACUUUAAUCAGGCAGUAUGUUGAGAAGUUGUAACAUUAUCAGUUAUAAAGCUUUGAAUGAUUAGUAUUAAAAGUUUUUAUGGUCUGAUGAUA